AGGUGCAGUACAGUUUUUUAAAUCCACCACGCGCUCCCUCAGUGUAGUGGUCUGCUCUGAUGUUUGUCGUUGCAGAAGCAGUGAGCGCAGACACAGCAAAAAAUAAAUAGACUCCUCGUCUUCUUUCACUUUUAUUCUGGGAACUGACAUGGCAAAAGGGAAGAAAGAUGUGCUAAGAACCGACAAAAAGCCCGAGGACACUGAUGAACUUAAAGUCCCCUCCCGGAAGGAGACAAAGGAAAACAAACCAGCAACUAACAAGGAUUGCGUUGGUACAGUACAGUCCAUUUUACAGAGUCUACGGAGUCCAAGCAAACCUAGAUCCCCUCUGAGCGACAGUUUAAGCAUGCUGAUCCAGGAAGGAAAUGACUCUGAUUCAACUAAUCCUGACAUGUCCAAGAUAAAAAAAGACAUGCCUAAUGAAAUAAAAUCUGAGAGUUGUGAGUCCAAAGAGCAGAUGCCUGAAAUGGCUUGUCACAGUCAUGGGAUCAGAGAGAAAGCCACUGACCAGCCUGAGAAAAAAGAGUCCACAACACACACAAAUGGCAGGUCUGCAGCAGACGUCAAAGUUUUAGCAUCCAAACCUCGAAGUAGAACUGGUCGCAAACUCGGAGCAAAAAAGACUGAAAAUAAAGCUCCCCAAAACAGAAAGGUCACAGACUAUUAUCCCAUCAGACGGAGUAACAGAAAGACUAAGGCGGAGAUAAAGAGCGAAGAACACAGACACAUUGAUUACCUGAUAAAGAAUGACAUUGAAGAAGGAAUGCAGAUCAAACACAUGGAAGGAAAAGGAAGAGGGAUUUUUGCUACCACAGGCUUCAAAAAGGCAGAGUUUGUCGUGGAGUACCAUGGAGACCUACUGGAACUAGCUGAUGCUAAAAUAAGAGAUGCCAAGUACACGCUGGAUCCCCAAAAAGGCUGUUACAUGUACUACUUCCAGUAUCAAUCCAAGACUUACUGUGUGGACGCUACAGAGGAAACGAGCCGUCUCGGAAGACUGAUCAACCACAGUAAAACUGGAAACUGCCAGACGCGGCUUCACGCCAUCGAUGGAACCCCUCACCUGAUCCUGGUGGCUUCCAGAGACAUCAAAGCAGAGGAAGAGCUGCUGUAUGACUACGGGGAUCGGAGUAAAGCCUCAGUCUUGGCUCACCCGUGGCUAAAAUACUGAAUCCUCGACAUGUGUAUAUGUGAGAUGAAUUGGUGCUCGCUCCUGUUCAGCCUAACGUAACAGGCGCUAUAGAUCAGCUGUCCUCGACAUGCUUUUUUACAAAGUGUAAAAAAUGUUUUUUGUUUUUAAAUGAGGGCUAAUGCGUCAACGCGUGAGUGUAUUUUUGCAAAUGUUUUUAUCAUGGUUUUAUUUUUUAAAUCUAAUUGUAGCAGAGUAAUGCAAACUUGAAUGGUAUUUCUCCUGGAUAAGUACUGUUUCACAUUGUCCAUUGGGUUUCCUUUUGUAAUGAAUAUAAUUGAUAAUUCAAUUUCACUAUUGUAAAUUAUUACCUGUGCUGUAAAUUAAGGAAUAAAACACUGACUUUUCAUUCCAACUGUGGCAUGGUUAAUUGUGAAGAUUUGAGACUGUGUUCUUAAAAAGACACCCUCCUCCACUUGUCUUGGAGAUUUAUUUUUACUUUUUAGUUACACUUUUGUGAUACUUGACCGUGUGGAAUAUAACCUGCAACCAGGUCCUCUCUGGGAGGGAGCCCAGAAUGUUGUUACGUGGUACGCGCCUUAUCCUAUAGUCUAAUGGGGCUACACAAUGUCAUAUUGACAUCUACCCCACAGUGCAGUUGAAGGUAAUGAUACUUUGUACUUAAGUAUUGUGAAGGAGUUUCAAGACUGAAAGACGGGUGAGGAUAAACAAAGUGUGUUCAAAAUCUGUGACUGUAUUUUGUCUUUCAACUAUGUUUCUAUUGUAUGUCAGCGCUACAAAGACUUGACUGAAAUAACUACAAUCUUUUUUUGUUCUAUUUCACUGCUGCUUUAAAAGAAAACCAUAUGAAUGAUUUAUAGUAAUUGAGUUUUGAAGCUCAUUAAGACUAAAAUAAAGUUAUGUUCAUCGUU